UUGCUUUUGCUCUCGUAGCAGACAAAAAACCUGUCAAUGAAGAAAGUGUAGACAAACGUUCUCCUCAUGACAAAUAUGAAGACAAAUAUGACAAAUAUGAAGACAAAUAUGAUGAUGAUUACAACAAAUACGAUGACAAAUAUGACAGCAAAAAGA